GUGUCAGAGGAAGGCCCAAAAAAUUGUCAAAGACUCCAGUCACCCAAUUCAUCGACUGUUUUAUCUGCUACCACACGGCAAGCGGUACCGGGUCGCCAAGUCUAAGUCCAAAAGGCUCCUAAAUAGCUGAACAGUCAAUCAAAUGGUCACUCAGACUAUUUACAUUGACCCCCCCCCUUUGUUUUUACACGGCUGCUACUCGCUGUUUAUUAACUAUGCAUAGUCACUUUACCCCUACCUACAUGUACAAAUUACCUUGACUAAUCUGAACCCCCGCACAUUGACUCGGUACUGGUAUGCCCUGUAUAUAGCCUCCUUAUUGUUAUUUUAUUGUGUUACAUUUUAGUUUUUGUAUCCUGUAAAUGGGCCUUUAUAAAUGUGUUGUUGUUCAGUUGUUUGGGACUCAACAGAACACAACUGCUGUUACCAAAUAAACAACUCUGUGAAUAAACAGCAGGAAUUUCUGGACUGAAUACACUAUUCUCCCUUGGUCAGAGCAGGAGUGAAAAUGAAAAGGCAGUGUGUGUGUGUGUGUGUGUGUGUGUGUGUGUGUACCAUGUUACGAUCACUCACCAGUUCUUUGUCUGUCCGGCAUUGAAGAAGUCCUGGUCUCAGAUGGGGUCUGACGGGUAUGACUGCAGAAGGUUGAAGGUUGAGACCUGUGGGCGACUCGUUGGUCAUCUUCACCCGAUUCUGCAGGAGUGACAUUGGGAUCUGACACAGGGAAGAGGGUUACAAAUGCACGGUAAUGCAUGGUGCCUACUCUACACUGGUUCACCAGUCUGGACACAGUGUAGGCCUACUGCACCAUGCCUUGUGCGAGAAGUAUCUGCUGAGCGACAGUCUGAAGUAUGGAUGGCAGGUCUCUAGGCUGACGACCUCACAGAUCUUCUCCAGGCUGGACAUUCUCACUUCUCUCUCUUCCCUCCUCUCUUCCAGUCCACCAUGAAUAUCUAUCCUCACAACUCAGUGUUUGUGUGUGUGUGUGUGUGUCCUUGGGACGUCCAUACCUAAACACUAACCCCUACCUAAACCAUUUAAAUGUAAACUUCAGUGGGUUAGGGACGUCCCGAGGUUCCCGGAUAGCACGGUCGCAGACCUAGGGUCAGGGUUCCUUUUGGCUUCAACGUGCUUUUUGUCCAUUCUCACUUCCCGUCUCGGCUGUAUGCUAAUCACAUGACGAGACCAUUGACGGUACCACAGUACAGUGUGUGACUAGACCGUUUCAUUAUAGCUCGGUGGACUAGACUGCUAACUUUUCACCCGCGGAGAGAGCGUUGCAGCUGGAGAUUAGCAACGAGCUGUCAAAUAUUCAUACAUAAACUACACCGUUAGCAGACUUGCAUUGCGAUCUGCUUUCUCCUGGUGUAUAAUGAAGCGGAUGAGGGGUGGGCGUCACACCAAGUUGGGCGUGGCAUGAGACAGGGACAGACUGUGGGUGUCACUGCUACCACCCUGCACCCCCCCAUCAACAUGGCCUCCAGCUACCUGCCCCCCUUUGAGGGCACAGGGGAGGUGAAGGAGGGCUUCCUGUGCCCGCUUUGCCUGAAGGACCUGCAGUCAUUCUACCAGCUGCAGGAGCACUAUGAGGAGGAACACUCUGGGGAUGACAGACAUGUCAGGGGACAGCUCAAGAGUCUAGUCCAGAAGGCUAAGAAAGCCAAAGACAAGCUGCUGAAGAGGGAUGGAGAGGACAAGCCAGAGAUGGACAGCUAUGAGUCCUUCUACUACGGUGGAGUAGACCCCUACAUGUGGGAGCCUCAGGAGCUGGGAGCCACCAGAAGUCAUCUGGACUUCUUCAAGAAGCACAGAGCUGCCAGGAUCGACCACUACGUCAUCGAGGUCAACAAGCUAAUUAUCAGGCUGGAGAAACUAACCUCAUUUGACAGGAUGAACAUAGAUGCAGGCAAGAUUAGAGCGAUUGAGAAGUCUGUUGUGUCGUGGGUGAGUGACUCUGAUGUCCCGUUCUGUCCCGACUGCGGGAACAAGUUCAACCUCCGGAACAGACGACACCACUGCCGUCUCUGUGGCUCCAUCAUGUGUAAGAAGUGCAUGGAGUUUGUGCCCCUGCCUUUGGCUUACAAGCUGACCAGUGGGACACGGGAGGCCCUGAGUGUUCCAGGCAGCCCGGGCCAAUCUCAGUCCCCUCCAACAGGGGGUGGUGGGGGCAGCAUCAGCGGGAUGGGCUCCAGGAGAGGCAGCGUCAGCAGCCUGAGCAGUGUCACCUCCAUUCUGGAAGAGAAGGAUGACGAGAGGAUCCGUUGCUGCUGCCACUGCAUGGACACCCUGAUGAGGAAACAGCAGAAACUGGAGGAGAAGGACCACGUGCCUGACAUCGUCAAGCUCUACGAGAGGCUGAGGCUGUGCAUGGACAAGGUGGACGAGAGAGCUCCAGAGUACAUCAGAAUGGCUGAGUCUCUUAAUGCUGGAGAGACCACCUAUAACCUGGACACGGCUGGUGGACUGAGAAUGGAAGUCCAGAAAUACUACGAACUUAUCGAUGCACUGAGUAAGAGGAUCUUAACACUGGGAAUGAAGGAGGAGCCACAGCCCCAUCCAAAGAAUCUCCAGCUGCAGAGGAUGGUCAGAUACACAGCCACACUGUUCGUCCAGGAGAAGUUACUGGGUCUGAUGUCUCUGCCCACUAAGGACAAGUAUGAGGAGCUGAAGAUGAAGCGGAAGCAGGAGCAGGAGAAGAGGCUUGCCCAGGAAAGACUGGCUGCCCAGAAGAGAAGGCAGGACUCUGAGAAGAACCGCCCAGCCUCUAGCACCAACGGGGAGCCUCCCCAGGCCCCCAGAGUCCUCCGCAUGACCAAAGCUGGAGGCUGGCUGCCCUCCUCAGACACCCUCCACACCCACGGGGAGCUGGAAGACCCCAUGCUGCAGCAGAUAGAGAAUAUCCGGUCGUUCCUGCGGCAGGCCAAGGCCGCCCAUAGACAUGACGAGGUGGCCAUUUUGGAGGAGAACCUCAGGCAGCUUCAGGAUGAGUACGACCAGCAGCAGACCCACCUGGCCAUCACUCUGUCCCAGAGACUGGCCCAGGAGGAGCUGCAGCACCUGGAGGACAGGGAGAGGGGGAAGAUGAAGCACAGGGCUCAGAGCCAAGCCCCAGGAUCCACUCAGGCCACAUACACCUGGCAGGGCUCACUGAACCUAACUGAUACAGGGAGCCUCCAUAGGGAGGGGGAGGAAGAGUUGACCCCUAAAGCAGAGAGGAGCCCCCCGUCCAUGAGGGCCUUCCCUGCCCUGACGGACCAGGAUGAGGAGUCGCCCCCGUGGCUGGGGGGAGAUGUAGAGGGACAGAACAGCGCCUCCUUCAACCCCUUUAAGGAGGAAGACUCCACCACGGUGGAGGAGGAUCCGUCCAACCCGUUCUCCGAGGAGAUCCAGAAGGAGCACAAGGAGGUAGCUAACGGGAAGAAGGAGUACAACCCAUUUGAGGAGGAAGAGGAGGGCGGGGUGCAAGGGCAGGCUGAUGGCGUCACAGGCAACCCUUUCGAAGAGGAGGAGGAGAACGAUGAAGGUAACCCUUUUAAAGAGGCUUCUGGGAAUACCCCGCCGGGAGCCUCGACCAAUCCCUUUGAAGAGGAGGGUGAGGCAGCAAUGCCAGACGUUGACCUGAUCGAGGAGGAGUUGCUGCUGCAGCAGAUCGAUAACAUUCGGGCGUACAUCUUCGACGCCAAGCUCAACGGGAGGCUGGAUGAGGUGGAGCUGCUGUCAGAGAACCUGAGAGAGCUGCAGCGCACCCUGCAGGAACAGAAGCUUAAGACACACUGACAGAGACACUACCUCUGUUUCUACUUUUCUCAUCCUCCAUGCCAUCACCUGAUUCUUACAACAGGGCUGCCCACCCAGGGUGCCCACCUAGAAGCUAAUCCGGAGACUCUACAGUAGUUCCCUUUUUAAAGCUGGGAUCCGCAAAAGGCGAAACAUCGCCACUGGUCGCCCAAGGUGCAUUUGUUAUUGUUUUUCAAACGGAGGAGAUGAGCAUCCAGUAUCAUGAUAAAAACAGUUUGUAGUACAUACUCUGCUGUUAUAUCCAGAGGAGGCUGGUGGGCGAAGCUAUUGUAAUGGCCGGAAUGGAAUGAUUGGAACGGAGUUUCCAUAUGUUCUGUGUGUUUGAUAACAUUCCAUUUCAGCAAUUACAAUGAGCCCACCCUUCUAUAGCUCCUCCCACCAGCCUCCACUGGUUCUAUCUCAUGUGCAAUGAUGUCCGAUGAAAAAAGUGUUUGUUUGAAGUAAUGUCUUUGUUGUUGUAAUAUCGCAAACAGACAUGGCAGUUUCACCGCUAAUGAUUCCAGCUUUAAAUGGCCAAUGAUCUCAUUGAUUCUGGGUUGGUUAAGGUCCGUGUUAGGUGGGUUAAAACAUUUGUGAAGGAACCACCCACCCCCCAUUCCCCUUGGGUAUUAGCCCUCUAGACCAAGGGCCGCAUCUCAAUAGUCUAUACUCCCUCUCCUUGUCAGAUUCCUUCAUCUGUAUUGAUGUGAAUGAACUGCAAAGGUGACAGCACCUAGCAUUAUUUCUUUGCCGAUCCUGAUCAUCCUGCCAUGUAAGUGCAGGGUCAAUGAGAGAAAGCAAAACUAGUCUAUUGAGACCCUGCUCAGGGUUAUGCAGCCUAGCACUAAAAGGAGAUGCCUUUACAUUCAUUUCUUCACUCUUGUACAUACUAAUAACACUCACACUCUAUGAAGGCCUCAUUUAGGAGCCCUGUUGUUUUUGUAAUUCUAUCUGUAUGGUAAGAAGAAGCACAAGGGCAGAGUAAGUCAUCACUUCCAGACAGUUGUGCACAGUCAGCCACAGGAGGUAGGAUUCAAGGGGUCAUAUUUGGGCAACAGAGGCCUGACAUCAUCUGUAGUCCUGCUAUUCAAUACCGAUACCUUAUGUAGAACCAGGGUUGCCUUGAAGGUCACAAAGUUUUUGGAAAUGUUAUGGUCUUGAACGAAAAUGUUCACUCUGAACUGACAGCUGUCGUCGG